AUGCCUUUGGCAGAUGUUUUUAUCCGAUCAUCAUUCGAACGAACGAUGAGCAACAAAUGGAAUUUGACCAAUCUAAGCGACGGUAGCACUGAGUUCGAACAAAACCUUCGAAUCGUGAAGUACAGUACUUUUCUGGUGAUCAGCCUCGUGUCCAUCGCUGUAUUUUUGUUCGUGUUCAUUCCCCUGAGCAAGCACUGCCGCAUAUCCAAGGAAGUGGUGAUAUUCCGAGGCUUCCUGUUCAGCUGCUUGGUCAACGACAUCGCCACGUGCUACAACUGUAUCUACGGCCUGAAACUGUCGAUCAGAGGCACCUGGCUCCUGUCCCGCCGCUAUUGCAUCCUCUUCGGGUUCCACAACUUCUUGUACGUGUUCAGUCAGACGUCAGUCACGAUACUGUUGCUAAUUGGAGCCGUAGGGCGGUACCUGGCUGUGACGAAGCCUGUGGUCUAUCGGGGUCUGCGGAUGGCGCACUACGUUGUUGUGCUGGUGGUCGUGUAUGUCCUGCGCGACGACUUCAUCUCGGCAUUCUGUCUCCAGUUCCAGGUGUUCCCCCCUUUGGUGCACGAGAUCCAUAUUUAUAUGCUUAUGACCAUCAAUACCGUUUCGAUCGCCGUCUACACACUUUUGAUCAAGAAAAUCGUGCGCCUUUCCAACAACGCGUUCACCAACCAACAGACCAGUCGACAGCUGCUGAUCACCAAGCGGUUGUCCACUGCCCUCAUCGAUAUCGUUGUCUUGAUGGUUAUCCCUCAGUUCUCUCACAUGGCUCUCAUCAUAAAGCAAACCCUGCGACAGUUUUUGGCCUUCCUGUGGAUUCCUUACCACGUCAGCGUGCUCAUCACUAUGCUCAUGUUCUGCUACUACCAACCGGAUGUCCGACACGCGGUGGUCAGUUUCUGGACCUGCAAGCGUUAUUCAGUCGUUCAGACGUUUGCCAUUGCUUCUCUUGGUCAUCUGCAUGGUAGAUCGUCAAGUGCACAGUGA